AUGAGAGGUCGAUGUGCUAUAACAAUGGUUCUACGUCAUCUCUUAUAUCUUUUAUUGUUUUCUCUGGUAGUAGCAGAUGAGUAUGACUAUACAGUAAUUGUGCCAGCGGGAAAAACAGAGUGUUACGGUUUUACGAUUGCCAAUGAAAAAUACCAAUCAUUUGAAGUUGAUUUCCAGGUCAUUGAGGGUGGCAAACUCGACAUUACAUUCUCUAUUACCUCACCGAAAGGAUUACGUUUGAUCAGUGAUUUGAAGCAUGGUGAUGGAACGCACAAAAUUGAUUUGAGUAUGGCUGGUGCCGGUUAUGGUGAUUACUUGUUUUGUUUUGAUAAUACAUUCAGCAUUCAAUCAGAUAAGCGGGGUCACUUUCUUGGAGAUUUUGAUCAACAGAUCAACGUUGGGACAGAAGUUUUGCGUACAUUGGAUACACGUGUUGACCAUUUUCAGAAUGUGACGGCCAAUGUUAAAAAUAAUUUGAAUACUAUUGAAAGGUUACAAAGACAAUAUGCAAGUAUAGAAUUAGCUGAUCGAACUGCAAUUGAACGCAGUUAUGAAAUGAUAAAUUUCUGGAGCGUGUUGCACUUGUUUGUCAUGCUGUUUGCUCUCUUUGUGCAGGUUUACAUGGUGCGUAGUCUUUUUGAAGCAAACUCAAGGAUUGGUCUGAUCCUACGAAAAGGUCACUUAAAUGAUUAA